UGAAAAAUUGUGUCGUUGAAGUGCUGGGUCAAGCCUUUUAUCAUCAGAGCUGGAGAUUGUCCUGGAUUUGAAAAAUGAGGUCAAAUCAUUUUCUAUCUGUGGGUCAUGUGAUCAUUCAUUGUUAUAUGAUGAACAGUACUGACCAUAGGGCAUAAGGAGUGAUUUCAACUGACUGCGUGAUACUUAUCUGAAGUGUGCAAUGCUAAUAGUUUACAAUGGACGAAGAGGAGGACUAUGGGACUUUCCUGCAUUACACGAGCAUUCCAGAAGGUGGUAGCAUAAGAAAUCGUCCAAAGACCCCCCAGGUGCAUGAACUGAGGACAUGUACUCCCGGUGCUGUUAUUGUGAGGGACGAGAAUGGGCUGAGUUCUUCACGGACUGUACCGAUGGAUGAGGAAGAUACACCGCUUCUGAUGGAAACCAAGAAAAAUGUAAAUCAUGACAAAAAUAUGGUAUCGGAGGGCUCUGGUUCAGGAUAUCUGAAAGAUUCCAGCAGUACUAGUUCUACAGAGAGUGUCUCGUCCACGUGGAAAACCGUGCUACGAAAUAUCAAGAUUUACACCAUCUUUGCACUGGUCAUUUUUUUUUCAUUUGUCAUAGCUGUCACCCCAGAUGCCCAGGCAAAGGAGGAAUAUUUCAGCAUCAGCGAGGCAAUGGGCACAAUAAAAAUUAACUUCACCGGUUGCACUGACCCAGAAAUCAAGCUGAUCGUGGAAGGAGCUUUUGAAGACCGUCACCCUCAAGAAGGCUAUGAUAAUCUUACAUUCUCUGCCAGGGAAGGAGAUGCUACAGCUGAGAAAUGGGUUCUUGUCCUGCAGCGAGAUUAUUACAUAGGGGAAAUAGUUGAAAAGAAGUUUGUGUUUGACCUUGAUAAACUAAAUGGGUCGGUCAGUAGUGUAGACGUGAGUGCCAAGUCUACCAAUUCCUAUCCGUUUCCAUUCUCUUUGAAAUAUAUCUGCCACCCCGAACAGAUCAACCAGCAAGUCAUUUAUGCAGGAGCCGUCCUGGCCUUUGUCUAUGUUCUUAUCAUAUUUGAGCUAGUGCACAGGACGAUUGCUGCUAUGCUUGGAGCCCUUGCUGCCUUGGCUAUUCUCUCACUUCUCAAUGAGCGUCCCAGUUAUGAUACUCUCGUCAGCUGGAUUGACUAUGAAACACUGACACUUCUAUUAGGAAUGAUGAUUCUGGUGUCGGUCUUCUGUGAGACAGGUUUCUUCGACUGGGCAGCGUUCCAGGCUUAUAAAAUUACCAAGGGGAAUGUUUGGGGUUUGAUCACGAUCCUGUGUUUCUUUGCGGCUAUUGUGUCAGCAUUUCUUGAUAACGUCACCACCAUGCUCCUCAUGACCCCGGUAACAAUAAGGCUGUGUGAAGUGCUCAACCUCGAUCCUAGAUAUGUGCUAAUCGCCGAGGUCAUCUUCUCUAAUGUCGGAGGAGCAGCGACCGCUGUUGGAGAUCCACCGAAUGUCAUCAUCGUAUCAAAUGCAGAUGCAAGCAGAAAGGGUGUGGAUUUCAACACUUUCACCAGUCACCUUGCACUUGGAGUGAUAUUCAUACUCAUUGGAACCUAUGCACUUCUCCGUCUAAUGUUUAUGAACAUGUCCAAACUGAAGAACACAGAGCCGAAAGAGAUCAUGGAAUUGAAGCAUGAGAUUGAGAUAUGGCGACGGGCAUGUAACCGCAUCACCGUGGCCACAAGAGAAGAGAGCAUGGUUAAAGCGCUGUUGAUGCAGAAAGUGGUAACGUUGGAGACUCUACUUCAGAAUAGAAAAUCACAAAUUAAGGGGAUAGUCAUUAAAGAUUUCGAAGAGAGUUUACUGGAAAUGAAAUCAAAGUACCGGAUUCGAGAUAAAGUGCUCCUCGUCAAGACAGGAAUAGUCCUCUCUGUGGUUAUUGUGCUGUUUUUCCUGUCUUCAUUUAUUGAGGCUAUCCGGCUUUCACUUGGUUGGAUUGCUAUCCUUGGUGCGAUGUGGUUAUUGGUGCUAUCAGACUUCCACGAUCUCGAGACAAUCCUUGACAAAGUGGAAUGGGCAACACUCAUGUUCUUUGCUGCCCUCUUCAUUCUCAUGGAGGCCCUGAGUGAGAUGGGACUGAUGGAUUGGAUUGGCAGUCUGAUUGCCUCAUGGAUAGAGGCGGUUAAUGAACAGGAUCGCCUGGCAGUGGCCAUCAUUCUCAUAUUAUGGGUGUCUGCGCUGGCAUCUAGCUUCAUUGACAACAUUCCAUUCACAACCGCUAUGGUUCCAGUUCUAAUCCAGCUGGGAGAGGACCCCAAGCUCAACCUGCCCUUCAUGCCUCUCGUCUGGGCAUUGGCAUUUGGUACAUGUCUUGGUGGCAAUGGUACCCUGAUUGGUGCAUCGGCUAACGUAGUGUGUGCUGGAAUAGCAGAGCAGCAUGGCUAUGGAUUUAGCUUUGUUCAGUUCUUUAAAAUUGGUUUCCCCAUGAUGUUGAUGACAGUGUGUAUGGCCAUGGUUUACCUCCUCAUCUGCCACUGUACACCGAUAGCUUGGAACUACUCGUGAGCAGAGUGAUGAUAAUGGACUGUGUUAUCAAAGCAGUCAAAGACUCUGAGUAGAGGACGGGACCCAGGCCCCCCAAUCAAUAGAAUUGCAUGGUCGAAUCAAAGAUUUUUCAAAAUGUUGACAUUUUAUGGUCAAUUUCAAGGAUUUUUCUAAAAUUAGGGAAGGGGAUAUCAAGCUGGCAUUGCCUGCCCUCUCUUUGAUCCAUGCCUGGGGGCUUAUAGACAUUCCGCAGUUAUAUUUGAGUGGACAAUCUUCACUGGGGACUUGUAGACAUUCCUCAGUGAUACUUGAGUGGGCAAUCUUCACUGGGGGGCUUAUAGACAUUCCUCAGUGAUACUUGAGUGGGCAAUCUUCACUGGGGGGCUUAUAGACAUUCCUCAGUUAUACUUGAGUGGACAAUCUUCACUGGGGGGCUUAUAGACAUUCCUCAGUGAUACCUGUGUGGACAAUCUUCACUGGGGGACUGUCCACUACUGUGCCAGACUUUAGAUUUUGGUGAUGUUUUAGGGUUGUUCAUUUACUCAAGCACUGUGAGCUGACUUGAAAACUGUUCCUUUGGUACACAUUGAUAUGUAAUUGAUGUAUGAUUUAUUGUAUGAAUUGCAAAUGAAUUCAGAAUUCAUUGACGAGAGUGUUGUAGGACCACAUAAUUUCAUAUUGUACAUUUAUGUCAUAUAUGUACAUGGCAAAUGAUACAAACAUUUGUGGACCAAAAUGAUUUGUUGUUGGUAAAGUUAUAUAUCCUAUAUGUUGUAUUACCAUUCUACCAUAAUAAUGUUCUAGUACUCCUAACACUAUUUUCAAAGCUGAGAUUCUAAUAAUUACUUUAAGAGAUUUAGAUAAUGCAAAGCAAACCAAUACAAAUGUAUACCGGUAAUGUAUAAUGUAUAAUAAUUGUUGGAACUUGUUUAAACUUGCUAGGCAUUUGGACAGGGUAGGUACUUUAUGCAGUUUGCCUCUCAACUUUUGACGGUGCUAAUAUAUUGAAGAGAAGCUAUAAAUUGGAUAACGGACUGUGAUAUGAUUUACAGGGAGAUGAUUUUUUUUUUAUUAAGCGUGGAACUUUCAUAAAAUAACACUUUUCAUGGCUUAUCUUUAAUUUCUAUUUAAAUUGACACAUUGUACACACUUGUUUUGAUGCACUUUUGUGAGAGGUGUCGGAUGCCAUCUCACCAAUUUUUCAUGGCAAGAAUUCAUACCUCCAACACCACAUGAUUCUUUAAGCUCUUCUCAUUGGCCGAGAAUUGUGUUUGUAUUCCUCAAGGCAAGAACUAUUAGUUCUUGAUCAAAUGAAUGCCAUGAUUUAGGUUGGGAAAGGGCAGGUAAUUGACUGUAUCAUAUUUUGAAGAUUAAGAGAUUUUUGUCAGGUUUAAUGGUGCCUGUGAAUUUGCUUUGGUGCAUGAAUUUUUUCUCGGUGAAUACUGUGGUUGUGCAGUAGAAUUUUGCAACAUAUUAGACGACUAGUUGACACGGUUAUUGUGUUAGUAUCUAUUUUUGCAAGGAGAUUGUACAUUUUAUUGAGCAAUCUUGUAUAUGCUAGAUUACAAAAUAAUAAAUGUGCUGUUUUGAAA